UCUGAAAAGUAUUUCUACGGGUAUUAACCAGUGAAAUGGCCUUGAGAGUCAGCAAAUUGCUUCUCGUAACCUCCAGGGCUCAGUGGGGGAAGUGCUCAAAGAUGAAGCGAGGGAUAAGUUCGUCCGGGGUGAAUUUUGGGAAAAGUCUGAUGUACGAUAGCUAUGGGGAGCCGACAGAGAUGUUGAAAUUGAAAAACACCGAGGAUUGCAAGCCUGGGGUGAACGAGGUCGCGAUCAGGUGGAUCUUGGCACCUGUCAAUCCCGCUGACAUCAACACUAUUCAGGGAAAAUACCCGAGUAAACCGAAAUUGCCAGCAGUGGGUGGAAAUGAGGGAGUUGGUGAGGUUGUUGAUGUUGGUGAUGGAGUGACUUCUGUUGCGGUAGGAGACAAGGUUGUUCCCAACGGGAACAACACGGGUACAUGGAGCACUUGGAGGGUUCACCCAGCCGAGGCAGUAUUGAAGAUUCCAGGGAAUUUUACAGACGUUGAGGCAAGUAUGCUCAAUGUGAAUCCCUGCACAGCCUAUAGGAUGUUAAAAGACUUCGUCCCCCUGUGCCCAGGUGAUACAGUGAUUCAGAACGGUGGCAAUUCAGCGGUUGGGCAGCUGGUGAUUCAGCUCUGCAAAGUCUGGGGCUUUAAUUCAGUGAAUGUGGUACGCGAUAGAGAGAACAUUACAGCCCUAAAGGAUCACUUGAAAGGUCUUGGAGCCACUGAGGUUCUCACAGAGGCAGAAGUACGAACAACUGAUUUGUUCAAAAGUAAGAAACUCCCAGCACCGAAAUUAGCCCUGAAUUGCGUCUGUGGAGACAGUGGAGUCAACAUCUUAAGGCAUUUGGCUCAUAGUGGAACUAUCGUCACAUACGGGGCCAUGUCUAGGGAGCCUCUGACCAUUCCAGCAUCCGCACUGAUUUUCAAAAAUAUCAGUGCCAAGGGAUUCUGGAUGACAAACUGGGGAAAGACCCACUCAAAAUCUUCAGAACGUUUCGAAAUGCUGGACGAUCUGGGGAAGCUAUUCGCCGCGAAGAAGCUCCAACCACCCCCUCACAAGAUCAUUCCCCUCUCUGAGUACCUAGAGGCUAUGAAAAAGACUCUUCAGUUGGAUGGAAAAACUGGAGUGAAGUAUAUACUGGACUUGUCGACGUAAAGUACAAUUUUUCAUUUAUUAUUUUCAUUUUUUACACCAAAAUAAUUAUUUGAAUUUGGUAGAAGUGAUUGUACAGUUUCGUAAGGUGUAGAUUUUUAGUUAAAUUUAUACAAUAGUUCCAAUAAAAUAAUAUUAAUAUGA